AUGCACCUUUAUUGGUUUGAGCUUAAUGGUAUGCUUAAAUUGCCCUUCUACUACAUAGGUAGUACACAUGAGAGUACCAUUAUCACAGUGAUAACACAGCCCUAUUAUAUGUUGUUUUCAUCCACCUCAUAUCUCAAUCGAACUAUCCAUUUGAAUAGCACCAACAACACUCACCUACUUCUCGUUAGGCACUGCACUUUAAAUGAAGAGGAAGAGGAAGAGCAUUACUCCUUGCAUUUUGAUAACCCAUUUGGUACAUAUCGUAUGAAUCUGGAAAGUCCAACCCCAGUUUUUGAAUAUUAUUUCCGGAUACUUGGUUCUUGUAAUGGUCUGGUAUGCCUCAGUGAUGAUUUAUACAGUUAUACGAAUCUGAACUUUCUGUGGAACCCCACUAUUAGAAAAUGGGUGGAGCUUCUAGAGCCCCGUGUUACCUUUGAAUCGUAUGGCCCGCAUUGGCUUGCUCUUGGUUAUGGCUUCGAUUGCAGGACUAAUGAUUAUAAGUUGUUUAGAAUUGUGUUCCCCGAAUAUGAAGGCUCUUCUACCUCUCGUUAUGAGGUUGAGCUGUACGCGCUUAAAGAAGGUUCUUGGAGAAGCAUUAGUAGCCCUACUCGUACCAGAUAUCAUAUCUGUUAUCCUUCAUUUGUGGCACAGGCUUUUGUCAAUGGCGCUGUCCAUUGGAUUGGAGGUGGUUUUCGUGAUUAUCCUACUUUGAUCUUCUCAUUCGAUAUGAGUACUGAGGAAUUCCACGAGAUAGAGUUGCCAACAAGUCAACAAGGUGCACGGGGUGCUAAAUUUGUCUAUUGCAGUGAUUAUGGGAUUCACUCUCUGUUUUCCAGUAUCAUUCAACAACAACUAGACAAGUGUCAAUAUGGCUGA